GCUGCGGCUCCGGUUCCAGUCAGUCCUGCUCGCUGUCGGCUACACGCACCUCUCCGCGCUCGCCUCCUCGGGCCCCGGCUCAAGCCAUGACCUCUUCCGUGCGGAAGUCGCUGCCCCAGCGCCGGGUGUUCGUGGUGGGGGUCGGCAUGACCAAGUUUGAGAAGCCUGGGACUGACGAUGCUAAAGACUACCCUGACCUGGCAAAAGAAGCAGGUGAGAAGGCUUUAGCUGAUGCGCAGAUCCCUUACUCAGCAGUGGAACAAGCAUGUAUUGGCUACGUUUAUGGCGAUUCUACUAGUGGGCAAAGAGCUGUCUAUCACAGCUUGGGACUGACUGGAAUUCCUAUAACUAAUGUCAACAAUAACUGUUCAACUGGUUCUACUGCGUUGUUUAUGGCUCGGCAGCUGAUUCAGGGAGGUAUGGCAGACUGCGUUUUGGCUCUUGGGUUUGAGAAGAUGGAGAAGGGAUCUCUUAAAGGAAAAUUUUCAGAUCGGACCAAUCCGAUGGAUAAGCAUCUUGAAGUCUUGAUCAAUAAGUACGGGUUGUCUGCCCAUCCAGUUGCUCCUCAGAUGUUUGGGUCUGCUGGAAAAGAACAUAUGGAAAAAUAUGGAACAAAAGUCGAACACUUUGCAAAAAUUGGGUGGAAAAAUCAUAAGCAUUCAGUUAAUAACCCGUAUUCCCAGUUCCAAAAGGAAUAUAGUUUAGAUGAAGUGAUGUCAUCUAGACCAAUCUUUGAUUUUUUGACUGUCUUACAAUGCUGUCCUACUUCAGAUGGCGCUGCAGCAGCAGUUUUGGCGAGUGAAGAAUUUGUGAAGAAGUAUGGCAUGCAGUCCAAAGCUGUGGAAAUUUUGGCGCAAGAGAUGGUGACUGAUUUUCCAAGCUCAUUUGAAGAAAAUAGCAUGAUUAAAAUGGUUGGCUUUGACAUGAGUAAAGAAGCUGCCAGAAGAUGUUAUGAGAAAUCUGGCCUCAGACCAAAUGAUAUCGAUGUAAUAGAGCUUCAUGAUUGCUUUUCUGCCAAUGAACUCCUUACCUACGAAGCACUGGGUCUCUGUCCGGAAGGACAAGGUGGAGCACUGGUUGAUAGAGGAGAUAAUACCUAUGGAGGAAAGUGGGUCAUAAACCCAAGUGGUGGACUGAUUUCAAAGGGACACCCCCUGGGAGCUACAGGUCUGGCUCAAUGUGCCGAGCUGUGCUGGCAGCUGAGAGGGGAAGCCGGAAAGAGGCAAGUUCCUGGAGCGAAGGUUGCUCUGCAGCAUAACCUGGGUCUCGGAGGAGCUGCGGUGGUCACUCUCUACAGGAUGGGGUUUCCCGAGGCCGCCAGUUCUUUCAGAACCCAUCAGAUUAGGGCUUCUCCAACCAGCUCUGCGGGUGAUGGAUUUAAGGCAAAUCUCGUCUUUAAGGAGAUUGAGAAGAAGCUUGAAGAGGAAGGAGAACAGUUUGUGAAGAAAAUCGGUGGUAUUUUCGCCUUCAAGGUGAAGGAUGGCCCCGGGGGUAAAGAAGCCACCUGGGUGGUAGAUGUGAAGAAUGGCAGAGGAUCCGUGCAUCCCAACUCAGAUAAGAAGGCUGACUGCACAAUCACCAUGGCUGACUCGGACUUACUGGCAUUAAUGACUGGUAAAAUGAACCCUCAGUCGGCCUUCUUCCAAGGCAAACUGAAAAUCACUGGCAACAUGGGUCUGGCUAUGAAGUUGCAAAACCUUCAGCUUCAGCCAGGCCGGGCCAAGCUGUGAAGGACUGCCCCCGGCCACUUCUGCAAGUCCACACAGGAUGGAUAUAUCGACGUACGUCAGCGUCAGAACUUAGGUGGAAGCUCCACUUCAGCAAAUAGUGUGAAAUCAUCUAAAAGCUAUGUAAACUAAAGCUCUUAUUUUGCUAAAAAAAAUCACAUUUAAGGCAGAUUCCUCUGAAGAUUUAAGGUUUUCUGAGAACUAGAAAUGAUACAGAAAGAACAGAUAGAUGGUAAUUAGUGUUUUGUACUUAAUGCCGUCAAUCAAUUUCUUAUUAAUAGUUCUUAAAAUUCUGUCCUGGAAUUAAAAAAACAAAGCCUUAAAUUUUGCAUCAUGCUGGCAGGAACCAUAUUUUCUUCCUGAACCAAACUAGAAGAAACAGAACCAGAGUUUGAGGGAGAAGUAAACAGCUGAACACAGGUCUGUUUUUAAAAGUAUUUUAAAAAUGGAUUCCUUCUUGAAAAAUCAGUGUAUUAGAGUCAUACCUGCUAUUGUUUAAAAAAAGAGUGAAUAAAGUUCGCUUUGAGAUGCACAGUUUUCAAAUGAUAUCUCAAUCAUUUAUAACCUCAGUCCUUUGUAAUUUUUUUCAUGUUAAGCUUCAAUAAUUACCCACAUUUAUCUCUUUCCGUAGUUUUUCUAAUGCUAAUGUUAUUUCUUACACUUACUGAGAUACAGGGUAAAAUAAUGCUUUUGGAAGAAUGUUUAAUAGAAAAUUAAAAUUGCUCUUCCUCA